AUGGCUGCCCUCGCUUCCAAGCAGCAGUCGCUGAAGAUCUUUGAGAAGUUGAAGACCAAGCCUGCGAACAAGAUCUGCUUCGACUGUGGCGCCAAGUACCCGACUUGGACAUCGGUCCCCUUUGGCAUCUACCUCUGUCUUGAUUGCUCGUCCAACCAUCGAAAUCUGGGUGUCCAUAUCUCCUUCGUCCGAUCCACCAAUCUCGACCAGUGGCAAUGGGAUCAGCUCCGUAUGAUGAAGGUGGGCGGCAACGAGUCGGCAACCAAGUUCUUCCAGCAGAACGGAGGAACUGCCGCUCUCAACAGCAAGGACCCCAAGACCAAGUACCAAUCCAACGUUGCGACCAAGUACAAGGACGAGUUGAAGCGCCGCGCAGCAAAAGAUGCUCAAGAUUACCCCGGUGAGGUUGUUAUCAACGACACCGCCGAUGCCGACGCUUCGACCCCUGCUGGAGAGCCCGACGAUGAUUUCUUCUCAUCUUGGGACAAACCCUCCAUCAAGAAACCCACCCCUCCUAUAUCCCGCACAGCGACCCCUCCGACCGUCGGCCGAACUCCUUCUCCUUUCCUCAACGCCAACAACGGUGCCGGCAAGGAUAUCUCUCGGUCUGCCUCUCCUUUGUCCAAGCCUGAGGCCGACAACAAGCCCGCUGCCAGCCGCGUAACCACCUCCGCCGCCCUUCGCAAGACGGCCACCACUGGAGCGCCCCGAAAGGUCAACAUUCUUGGUGCCAAGAAGGCGCCCAAGCUUGGUGUCAAGAAGGUCGCAAGCGACGUCAUCGACUUCGAUGAAGCCGAGAAGAAGGCCAAGGAGGAGGCCAAGCGCAUCGCGAAGCUGGGCUAUGAUCCCGAGGCCGAGGAGGAGAAGAAGAUUUCUACCAAGGCGGACCCCGUCGCGGCUCCCACCCCUACCAGCCCCCAGGGCGGCUAUGGGUCCUCCAGCCACACCCGCCAGAAGUCCAACGCUGAAGUAGAGCGUUUGGGCAUGGGUGUUGCCAGGCUGGGCUUUGGUCAGGUUGGUGGGCCUAAGGGUGCCGCAGCACCCAAGAAGGCCGCCGCGGGUGGCUUCGGCUCUGUUGGUCCCAUCAAGGCCAAGGCUGAGGAUGACAGCGAGAACUAUGCUCGCAGCAAGUUCGGUACCCAGAAGGGCAUUUCCUCCGACGAGUUCUUUGGCAAGGGUUCGUUUGACCCCAGCGUCCAGUCUGAGGCGAAGACUCGUUUGCAAGGUUUCGAGGGUGCUACUUCCAUCUCGUCCAACGCAUACUUCGGCCGUCCUGAGGAUGAGUCCGCGGAGGAGUAUGGCGACCUCGAGGGCGCGGCCAAAGACUUCAUUCGCAAAUUCGGCAUCACGGCUGGUGACGAUCUCGAGAACCUUACUCAGUUGGCAGGCGAGGCUAGCCAGAAGCUGCAGGGUGCCAUCCGCGCUUACCUUGGAAGCUGA